GCAAGUUGAGUUACAAGCAUUUAUUUAUAUGUGUAAAUAGUUUUAGGCGUUUAGUGAGACGUAGUGAGGACUAUUCGCUGUAUUUCUGUAAAGAGGCUGGUGGUUUGAUCAGAGGGUCCCUGGUGCAAUAGAAGCCCCUCUAGGGUGCUAUUUCGCAAUCUCAGCCGCUCGCUAUUGGUCAGUAUGUGAUCAUAUGCCUCUAUUUCCUUCUGUCCCUCACUGGCACCCGGCCAUCCCCCUUCAGCUAAAACCCAAUCUCCGAUAAACUACUAAUAGCUAAACCACUUGGACUAUAAAACACAACAAAUCAUAAAGCCAGGAAAGACUACAGCCUCCUCCCAAUGAGUUCCUAUUUUGUCAACUCCACUUUCCCGGUAACUCUGCCUGGUGGGCAGGAACCCUUCCUAGGACAGAUCCCGUUAUACUCCUCAAGCUAUGCGGAUCCUUUAAGACACUAUUCUGCUGGCUAUGGGGCCUCUGGAGUCCAAGAAAAGGGAUAUGCUUCAUCCUCUUAUUAUCAGGCUAAUGGAACAUACAGUCGGACAGGCGCUUGUGACUAUGGCGCAGCUGGAUUUUAUAGGGACAAGGAAGCUUCCUGUGCUAUGUCCUCCCUGGAUGAACAGCCUCAGUUCACCCAUGAGCAACGCAAACCGGACUGUGCGCACAGCAAACUGCUCUAUGAAGACCAGGACGACGCAAAAUGCUCCACACCAGUCUACCCCUGGAUGCAGAGAAUGAACUCCUGUAACGGUUCAGUUUUUGGGCCCAGUGGAAGAAGAGGACGACAGACCUACACCAGAUACCAGACUCUAGAGCUGGAAAAAGAGUUUCACUUCAACCGCUACCUGACCAGGAGGCGCAGGAUCGAGAUAGCCCACUCCUUGUGCCUGACUGAGCGACAGAUCAAGAUCUGGUUCCAGAACAGAAGAAUGAAAUGGAAAAAGGAGAGCAAAUUACUCAACUCUUCCCUACCGAGUGCAGGAGAAGACGAGAAAACCGCAGAGUGAUCAUAGACAGCACUAUUAAAUUCACCACAAUCCUUGUACCUUGAAUAAAUUAUUGUUGCACACAGGACUAGUAAAGAACAAAAGAUAGUGACAGAUUAUCUGUAUUAUUAUUACUACCUAUAUGUCUGACUGUCGUCAGCCUGCAGUACUGGAAUACUAUAUAUAUAGUAAGUGACCCACAAUGCACGAUUGCAUAUUUUCUUGUCUAUUGUAUUUCAAUGUUUAUUGAAAAGUACAAAUACUACCUAGAACCUAAUUGUGAAAUGUUAUAUUUUUAUUAAGUUGUUUUUGUUAUUUUCCACUGUGUUUGUGUGUAUUUUUUUUUAAAUUCUAUAUAUUUGUAGUUCGUAUGGAGAUGGGACUAGUGACAGGACAUGACAGUUCUAAGAACCUCUCUCCUGGCUAAUAAUAGUGAGUGGAUGUAAGUAUCCCUUGCUUGAGAAUAUGCAUCUGACAUGUCCAAAAUCGUAGUUCUAGUAGAAGCACAACUAGUUUUAUGUCUGUUUUUUGUAGCACAGCGCCCAUGGGAAUUCAGACUGACCAAAACAUCCGUUCUCGUCAAACACUGGCUUUGUCCCUGCACUUUCCCCCAUACUAAAAUGAGAGGUACAGCAAUGGAAGUCAGAAAAUGACUGUAUCAGCUCAGCGUCUGAACAACCCCUAAUCUAAUUUUCUCCUGCUCUAAACAUGCAGCUUGUCUGGGAUAUUUUAUUAAAUGUUGUUGACAAUGAAUACUUGUGGUUAUUUUCUCUGUAUAUUUAUCAUCAUGGAUUAACAUAUCAUAUGUCUGUUGGGAUUAAAAUAUCGCGUUUCUAUA